CUUUAGUGUAAUCCUUUAAGACCGGAAACUACUUUUCAAAAACGAAAGUAGAGGGAAUUCCAAGAAUCGAGAAAAAAGUGAUACAUUUAUUUUACAGUUAUUUGUUGUCUUUUAGAUGAUUUAAGUUUCAAACUUAAAAAUGGCAGAACCAGCUAUUAAGUACGAGUCAAAACCAGGGGAAGGUGAAGGAGAAGCUUUUAUACAACAAGAUCCAGAUAAUCAACAGCAAUCAACAAGUGGAGCAAAUGAUGGUUCACCUGGUACUGGUACUGGUACAAAAAGCAGACCUAAGAAAAUAUUUGAAGAUGGAAUUGCUUCUGUAAAAGAGAAUAAAGUGUUUUCUGUUUGUGUUGGGGUUGAUAUUGUUUUGAUACUGGUCAUAUUUGCUGUAACCUUAGCUUGGUUGAAUUUUGCACAGACGGAGAUUGUAGAUUUUGAUCCUGCAUCAGAAAUGUAUUGCAUGAAAUGCGAAUAUGUACAGGCAUCUGCAGCUGAAAAAGCAAAGUACUUUCCUAAUGCUGAACAAGUGGCAAGUGGCAAGUGUUGUGCCAUAAAAGAAGGUUACAUGAAAGAUAGGCUGAAAAAGAAAGUGGAAAAGACAUUAAAUGAAGAAUACAGGGAAAAGCCUCUGUUCCAAUUGUGUCUGAAUUCUACAACAGCAGAACACCCAAAGGGAUAUGGUCAGAUAAGAAGUGUUAGCCAGGCACAGGGAAAUGUACUUCCCAAUUUGUACUUGAUUAAAUGGGACUUUCCACCAAGCAAUCCUGAUCCAGAUACAUUUUUAGAACAAGUUGUGUAUGACAACACUGAUGGAUAUUACCAGGUCAAGAGAGCAGGGUAUUACCACAUCUACAGCAAUCUGGUAUUUGAAUUCAAGAAGGAUAAUUCGACAAAUGUCACACCUGCAGAAAGUGUCAUCCGCCAUUUGGUUUUGAAAUAUAGGAAGGAAUACAACAUUGGAGAAAAGUUUUUGGAAGGGUAUUCCACUUUGUGUCCUAAUACUGGAGAUACAACAUGGAAUUCCUUUGUUUUCGGAAAUUUUUAUUUGGAGACCACAGAUAAGGUCAAGGUCUUUGUUAAUAAUCCUGGUCAUCUGGCUAUAAAAGGUAACAGUCCAGGUGGCAUUGAGAAGGCCACAUCUUACUUCGGGAUGUAUUUGAUUUAAAUGAAAAAGAAUUCAGGAGGGUAGUUUUUAAAAGAACAAUAAAAUUUUAAAACUUUUGAAAGGGAGUUAUGGGGGAUAAACCUUGAGGUGAAAGUCAAAGUGGUCUGGAUUUAAAUUUAAAAAACAAAAAAAAUAUGAUAAGAAGCAUUUUAUCCAUUCCUUCAUAUAAUCUUCAAAUUAUGGUUUUGGCUAAUGAUUUCUUUGACUACUCUUUAUUUAAUAUUUUACUUCUUUUCAGUAAACUUUUGAGUAAAUCUUUAGCUUUGGUGUGGUUCUCUUGAUUGGAUAGGAAGGCUUUCUAUAACAACUGGAAUUUAAUGGAAACAUUUUGUUACUAUUAUUUGCUCCUUUCAGAAAGAUAGUCAAUAAUUGUGAAGUAUUUUAGUAUGGGAGAAUAAUAUCUGCCAAGUAAAAAAAAAAAAAGGGAGCUGUUUUUGAUAUUGUCAGAAAUGUUUAGAGAGUUUGAGCUCCUAAAUUCAGCAUUUUAUGGAUGCAGAAAUUUUCUUAUAUUAGUACCUACUAUGAGUUGAAUGGUAACAUCUUUUUAUGUGUAACAUUUUUGAAUCAAUUUGAACAUUUCAUACUACAGAACGGAAGAAAGUAAUAUUGUAACUGCUUAUUGUAAUAAUUGAAAAAUGUUUGAAAGCAAAUUGUUAUUUUAGUAACCGUAAGCUUACAAUACUUCAGAAGAUAUGGAAGCCUAAAUUUAGAUGCAUAGAUCAUUAUAUUAUAUUCUCACAUAUUAUUUAUAUUAUAUUGUGUCUGAUUAAAUCUGAAGACAAAAAUAACCUGACAUUUGCAUGCAUGCUAUCAUUGUAGUACAAAUAUUUUAGUAUAAACAUAUAUCAUUAUACAUUCGAAUAUACUUGAAUGAUAUGAGAAUGAAAAGUUACUAUUUAAAGUAUAUAUAUUUGUUAUUUAAAUCAGUCUUUUUCAAUGUAUGAAGGUCACUUGAUAAUGACAGAGCAUUUAGUUAAAUCACAAGAAAUGAUUUUUUUUUUACACCUUGAUAAUGCUCUUCAUAUAAGCAAUGCAUGUAGUUAUCAAAAUUUGAUACUGUAAAAUUUAGUGUAAAAAUUUAUAUUUAUAAGCAGUAACGUAAAAGAUGGCAAAAGAAUAAAAGAUGUAAUCAUUUUUAUGUGAAUCAUAAGGAAAAAAGAAAUAUAUAAUUUAGUGCCAUAUUUUUUUUCACAAUGUAAUUUAUAACUUUUGAGUGCCAUAUUAUAUUUGUUGUUGUUAUUUAUAUGUAAGUUUUGUAUUAAUAUUUUAAUAUUUAAACUACAAAAUCAAAGAUAAGAAAUCCAUUUCUAUCCUUACCUGAUUUGAUUUGUUAGCUAUAUUCUAGUUUUUCAUGAGUAUUUUUUUUGUGCAUUCUGUGACACCUUUCUUUAUUAUCUUAUUAACUGGAAUUUUAAAGGGAAGUUGAAAUAUGAAAAUCAUAUUAUAUUGCUGCAUAUUCAUUAUAUCAUUAUGACUUAUUAAAUUAAACUUAUUGCAAAAUUGUGUAACUGCAAAUAAAAAUUUCUUUUAAUUAUAUUAUUGACUACAAAGUCAGUGAUUUUUUUUUUCAAAUCAAAAGUUGAAGUUAUGAAUUUUAUAUAUGCAUAAUAGAAAAUUAGGAUUAGCAACUAUAAAGUUGUUUUCUUGUUUGUUUUUGCUUUUUUUUUUGUUAUUAAUUUUUUUAUUUUAGUUGUUUUAACAUAGAUUAGUUUGAGUUAAAAGUUAAUAGUAAUUACACAAUAUAAAGGACAUCAGAAUCAAAUUGCACCUGCUUAUUCAUAGGUACCCGUAAAAAUGACCUUUGAAAGAUCAAUGAUAUAAACAAAUUUCUUAGAAACUCUUGAGUAGGUUUUGUAUAAAGUCAUUUAGAACAUCAGCAUUAUACAGCUAUGUAUAUUUUACUAUGAGUUUUUAAUUAACAAUUUGAGUACCUAUUUUAUUAUCAUUGUUGACUGUUGGCGGCUCAAUUCAAUUGGAUUAUUUUCCCUUUUAUAUGUUGAAUUUUUCUCAAGGAAUUUUUUUGAAAAGUUGUAUAUUUCAUAAAUUUUAUUUUAGACUUUCAGAAAUAAUUUGAUAUCCUGAACUUGAGCUGCUAAUGCACAUCUGUAUAUAUUCCUGGUGCAUAUUGUUGUGUAUUUUAUACAUAUUUGAUAUAGUGAUAUAAUAAAUGUUUAAUUUUUUUAAUUGCUUCUUAUAUUUUAUAAUAAUACUAAAAUUCAGGAUUUGGGAUAUAUUUAGUUAUCUUUUAUGAUUAUUUUUUAUCUUCUUCUUGAAAAGGAAAACAACAACUGCGAACCUUUUAAGUUUACCA